AUGGUUCCUCUUCUAAUUUUUUGCUUUUUGACUUCAGCUUGCCUCGGAGCUCCGACAAAGAGUUAUCAGGUGCCCAUUCCAACGCAUGGAACAUGUGCAUAUGAUGGGUUAACCAUGGCUGAUCCACAGGACUCUCUCGCUUAUUAUCAGUGUUGUAAGAAUCUUUGGCUUCCGAAAUUCUGUGUCGAAGGGGAGGUGUUUGAUAAAAUUAAGCUGAUUUGUGUCCCGAAUGAUGUCCCACCGCCACCACCUGUCCCAAUAAACCAUCAUCACCAUCCAAGCACCACUUCGAUGUGA